AUGUCUGGAAACAAACGACUCAAAGGAGUUGUCGUCUCUAGACCCUUUUAUUAUGGCAGUAUUGCACACUCACUAAAUGGAAAGAAAGUAGCAGAUCCAGAUCAUACACAUCGUUGGACAGUAAUGGUCAAAGGAAUAAAUAACGAAGACCUAAGUUAUCUCAUCAAAAAAGUCGUGUUCAAACUUCAUGAGACAUAUCCAAAUCCUUUGAGGACCGUUGAACAGCCACCCUUUGAAGUAUCAGAGACGGGAUGGGGUGAAUUUGAAAUAAUGAUCAAGAUAUACUUUCAUCAGCAUACUGGAGAAAAACAAGUCAUUCUUUAUCACCAUUUGCGACUUCAUCCUUAUGAAGAUGAUCUCAAUGGACAACCUUGGCCAAAGGAUAAACCAGUGAUGAGUUUACUUUAUGAUGAAUUUGUUUUUAAUGAACCAACAGAACAACUCUAUCAGCUCUUUUCAGAACAUAAUGCACUUACACCUAAUUUACCACUAAAAAAAACUUCCAAGGACAUCACUAUACCUGAAUUUAGUGUGCAAUUAGAAGAAGAAGAAAUGAAGCGACUAGAUAAAGCUCAAAGGGAGAUUGAUUCACAGAUUGCUUCUCUAAAACAAAAAUUGGCAGCACUGGAAUAA